AUGUGCUUAAAAUCAAACGACUGUCCGAAACACUUCUGCGAGCACGAAUGUCUCUAUAAUGCAGCGUUAAACGGCAACACGCAACGGCUAGUGGAGCUCAUCCUCAACGGAGCCGACGUCUCGCAGACAUCGAUGCCUGGCCGACACCAGCUGAUCCACUUCACCGGGCGGCCAGGAAGCGCAGAAGCCAUGAAAGCCCUGCUCGACGCCGGAGCCGACGCUUCUGCAGCCUCCUACGACGGCCAAACGCCUCUGCAUAUGGCGGCCGCCGACGGCGGAAUCGAGCAAGUGCGAAUGCUCAUCGGGGCCGGAACCAACGUCAACGCCCGCACCAUGGACGACGAGACCCCGCUGCACCAAGCGGCCAGGGCGGGAGAGGAGGAGAUCGCCAAGCUGCUCAUCGCUGCUGGCGCGGACGUCACUGCCAGAGACUGCUACGGACAGUCGCCCCUGCAUCAUUCUGCUAGUCGCGGCCACCUCGGCGUGGUCCAGGUGCUUCUCGACGCCGGCGCAGACACGAGCGCCCUCGACAACAAAGGAGACACGGCCGCCCUGCACUCCCUCUCCGACGCGCCGGCCUCGGUCAAGCUCAUGAUAGAAAAGGGCGCCGACGUUUCCGUCCGAGGCCAGGGCGGCGACACCCUGCUGCAUCGAGCGGCCUCGUUCUCGGCGGAGCUGAUAGGACUCUUGCUCGGGGCCGGCGCGGACCUCGAGGCGACGGACGACGAAGGAAAGACUCCCCUACACGCCGCAGCUGCGUGGGGGGGCGCCGAACAUGUCCGGAUCCUGCUUGCGGCCGGGGCUGAUAUGGGUGCGAGGACCAACGACGGCGAGACGGCGCUGCACUUGACGGCGGGGAGCCCGGAUGCCCUGUUCCUGGGGUUUGGACAUGAGUCUGAUGCCAAGGCUAGGGUUCUCCUUGACGCUGGUAUCGAUGUGAAUGCGAGGACGGUGUCAGCUCACGUUAUUUCGAUGCAGACCGAAAUUGCGAUUGAAGUUCACGCGACACACCCUCCGAUUCGAGAGCCGACAAGACCGCUCGCAUACGAACACCACCAGACAAUAGAUGCAGACGCCAUGAACAGCUCACGAGCGGGGAGACCAUCAAAGUCUCCUCUGUUCCUAGUCAUCGCCGCAAUCCUCGUCUUCGCAGUAGCCGUCGAGGCCUCGUACGGCGAUCGGUUACCAGAGUUCCGAGAAUGCGUCCAAGUCUGCCACGAUGAGAACUGCGCUCCCGGCAAAGAUGCUACACCAAUCCCCUUCCACCGCCGCCUCCUCCUCUGGACCUGCGCCUCCGAAUGCGACUACACCUGCCAACACAUAAUCACAAAAGAGCGCCUCGCCGCCGGCGAGCGCGUGGUCCAAUUCCACGGAAAAUGGCCCUUCCCACGCCUGCUGGGCGUCCAGGAACCCGCCAGCACCCUCUUCAGCCUGGGCAACCUCUGGGCCCACCAGAACGGCUGGCGCAAGCUCCGCGCCGUCAUCCCGGCGUCGUACCCGCUGCGGCCCUGGUACGAGUGGCUCGCGGGCGUGGGCAUCGCCUCGUGGACGUUCAGCGCAAUCUUCCACACGCGCGACUUUGUCGCCACGGAGCAGCUCGACUACUUUGCUGCGGGCGCGAGCGUGCUGUACGGGCUGUACUACACCGUGGUGCGCAUCAUGCGCCUCGACCGGCCGACGCCGCGCCGGAGGUCGGUCCUGCGCGCGUGGACGCUGCUGUGCGUGCUGCUUUACGCCGGGCACAUUGCCUACCUCAAGGGCGUGCGGUGGGAUUACACGUACAACAUGACGGCCAACGUUAUAGUCGGCGUGAUUCAGAACCUCAUGUGGUUGUGGUUCAGUUUGAACAAGUAUAGGCAGUCACGGAGGACAUGGGCCAUCUGGCCGAGUAUCGUCGUCGCGGUCGUCGUCAUGGUCAUGAGUCUGGAGCUGUUUGACUUCCCACCCGUGUGGGGUGCAUUGGAUGCGCACAGUUUAUGGCAUCUUGGCACGAUCCCGCCAACGGUACUCAUGUACAACUUCCUGAUCAAGGAUGCGCAGGACGAUAUGGCGGGCAGUGAGAGGUUAAAGUCUUGA